AAGCACAUUCACAGAUGUCUUUGCACGCGUACAGCUGUCUCACCCGUCACGGCAGAGCAGCCUCCGUCUGAGUGUGAACCAACGAGCCACGGACAGGGGGACUAACAGAGAGGGACGGCGGCAGGGUGAUACACAGAGAGGUAGAGAAGAGGGGGGGAAAGAAGAGGUGGGGAGCCGCGGAGCAAAAACACAUACAUCGCCGCCUGGGAGACUCUGACGUCUCUCCCCUCAUGCGCCCGUUUCAGCGUGUGUGAGCGCAAGAAGAGCGGAGAGGGAGGGGAGGAGGGAAAUAAAUCCUGGGAGCUUGCGUCCUCUCUUUGCUUUCCUUCUUUAUCUCCAUCAUCCAAGGCAUGAAGGCGGGUGUCCGCUGGCACGGCAGAAUAAAAGAAGGGGAUGCUCUGAACGCUGCCUCUCUUUCGACAAGGGACAAGGCAGAGGAAGGUGGGGGGGGACAACAGCACACGGCGGGGACAAAAACGGGAUUUCUAGAAGGAAUGGGAGUCCUUCUGCCGCCUGCACUGGGAAUAGCAGUCUCACACCGAAGUCUCUGAACGAGGGGCCAAGCCUGAGGACGUGAAACUUGUUCGGGAGAGUUGGGAUGCCACCGGCGACACUGUGUUCGCGUUUUUGACCACCUUGAGUCGCACGUGUCUCCGCUCUCCAGACAGGCGCCGAAGAGUUGUGACCGUAUACGACAACACAGACGCAAAAGAGAAAAGGAAUACACUGGAGGCGGGGCCUGCGCUUGCUGCAGACGAGCAGAGGACUGCUUGUCUGGACCUGAGGUUACCCGUCAGGAAGACGUACAGGAAAUGGCCGGCUGACAUGGAGGACGCCACUGCUACGACACUCGUCCAGUUCAUAGUGUGGCCUUCCGUGCUGCGCAUCAGUGGCACCAGUGGUGCCAUGAUCCAGUUAUAACUGUGGGUAAUGCCGAGCCAAAUAACCAAUCCUGGAGAUGCCGAAGAGAAGAGAUAUUCUUGCCAUCGUGUUGAUCGUUUUACCCUGGACUCUGCUCAUCACUGUUUGGCACCAAAGCGCUAUAGCUCCACUCCUCGCCAUCCGCAAGGCUGUGUUAUCCUCUCACGGUGCUUGCUUUCACUUUUUGCAGCCUGUCACCACCUAGUAAAAGAGAUCUUUAUCAUUCCAGAGAGGCUUGCAGUCCGCCACCACCGGCUCUCAGAUGAUGGAGUCGAGGGGAAGAGGGAGGCAGGUGGCCAGGGGCAGGACUCCAAAGAAUACUGUGCCUCAGAUAAGGACAUAGUGGAGGUGGUAAGGACAGAAUAUGUGUAUACACGGCCUCCACCCUGGUCCGAUGUGCUGCCUACUAUCCACAUCAUCACCCCUACAUACAGUCGGCCGGUGCAGAAAGCGGAGCUGACGCGGCUGGCGAACACCUUCCUCCAUGUUCCCAACCUGCACUGGAUCCUGGUGGAGGACUCACAAAGGAGAACAACUCUUGUUACGAGGCUCCUUCGAGAAACAGGGCUGAACUACACCCACCUCAAUGUAGAGACGCCCAGGAACUAUAAGCUGCGGGGUGACACUCGGGACCCCAGAAUACCGCGAGGGACCAUGCAAAGGAAUCUGGCCCUGCGGUGGUUGAGGGAGACAUUUAACGCCAACAGUAGUCAAGCUGGAAUCGUCUACUUUGCUGAUGAUGACAACACAUACAGCCUGGAGCUGUUUGAGGAGAUGAGAUCGACUCGGAAAGUUUCAGUGUGGCCUGUGGCCUUUGUGGGCGGCUUGCGGUACGAGUCCCCCAAGGUCAAUGCAGCUGGAAAGGUCUACGGCUGGAAGACAGUGUUCGACCCCCAUCGGCCCUUUGCCAUCGACAUGGCCGGCUUUGCCAUCAACCUGAGACUCAUCCUCUUCAAGCCACAGGCAUAUUUUAAGCUUCGUGGGGUGAAGGGAGGCUACCAGGAGAGUAGUUUGCUCCGGGAACUAGUCACACUCAACGACCUGGAGCCUAAAGCAGCCAAUUGCACUAAGAUACUUGUUUGGCACACGAGAACGGAGAAACCCGUCCUUGUGAACGAGGGGAAAAAAGGAUUCACAGACCCCAAUGUGGAGAUCUGACUGUUUUCCCUCAGUAAACCACGGUGGCUGGCCUUGGACUUACAGAGGAAGAAAACGUCAAGAGUCUCUUGAUAAGUGCAACCAGUGUUCACCUCUUAAUCACCAGAAAAUGAAAGGACGUGGGGGCCUUUGAAGGGGGAUUUAAUCCUCUUUACUGAGACAUUCUUUAGAAUAAGGACUAAAUCAGUAAAAAAUGUAUCAUAUCAAAGCACAGAUGAGUAAGAGGUGGUGGAUAUUUGUCAGGACUGACGUGCAGAGGACGUAAAAAGGACGCCUCACGGGGGACGGCGUGGACAGUCGUGACCUGCACCUUACGCUGAGGACAACCUAACAAAUGAGACAGCACAACAUGAAAAGAGAACAACCAGCGGAUUCGACCAAACAAACAGGUUAAAGAAAAUCCUUCACCUCAAUAAAAGAGAACAUUAAGAAAAUAAAACACUUAUUGUCUGGAUCUGCACAUGGUACAAAAGAGAAAAUCCUCUUGGAUGUACGGACCUGGCCUACAUCAUCAGUCUGGAUGAAAACUCGCCUCCAAGGACAAAUAUGUCUCAUGUGGAUUUUCCGUUGGGCAAAUACAAACAUGGAAAGGGAAGGAAUGUUCUUUUGAUAAAUAUGAAAUGUUUGCUUUAAUUUAAUUUAAUUUAAUUGGACUGGGUGUUUUCCAAACACGUGACUUACUCGCUAGUUCAAUACUACUGACUCUUACCGACAUUUACUCUUGUGUUGUCAUUGUUCAUUUUAUAGUGUCAUUAAAACUCAUGCAUUUAAGCCACCCGUACACUUGAAGAGAGACUGAGACAGUAAUGUCAAACAAUCCAAACAUCCUUCUGAGCAAAAAAACAAGAACAAUAAUACAGAAAAACAAUGUUCCUUUUGAAUGACAGCAUAUUACGGCCAUUGUAAGUAAAAAGAAAAAAACAGACUAAGCCAGGGGAGGGGUAAUUUUAGGUGAUAAACACUUCCGUCCUUAAAGUUGAAAAUUUACGAUAACAUAAAGAUAUACUUUAAGUCAUUAAUUUACAAGAAAAGAAAAUAGUGUCAACCCUAACCCUUCUGUUGAGGAACGGCCUGCAAAGUAGCAAUAUGAAUUACUCUUGAUAUUAACCCAUGAUGUGUUACGUUUGGUUGAAUCUGCCAGGCUGUAAAGAGGGAAAAGGGAGUCUGCAGGACGGAGCCGAAGAAGGCUGAGCUGUGAGCUGGGGAUCAGACUGACGAGACAGGGGGUUGAGUGAAGCUGGAAAGUGUCCUGAAGUGUCCUGAAGCUCAUGUACAACAUCUACCAAGUUUAUCCAAAAUAUUGGUGUUUUCUGUCGUCAUUUUCCAACUUUACUGUCGGAUUUCUUUUUCUUUUUCACGAUAUCCCCUCCGCCUCCCUUGGCUCUGUAAUUGAUCUCAAUUCAUUUAAUCUUUUACCAUUUUUAACAAUGGCCUUAGCGCGCUGUUGUACCUUUGUGGCAACAUGUGUAAAUAGUAAUUCAAAAGGAGAACAAUCGCAGGAUUAAGGACAAAUUUUGGCCGAACCAUUGUACUGUAUUUAUAUGUUAAGAAAAGAAGGGGAAAAAAAGUCUCUCCUCUCUCCCCCUGGUGAAUUUCUCACAAUGAUGCACGACAAGGCACAGGUUCACUCUAGGUUCAAUGCAUGGGAAGAGUAAUAGCACAUCAUCUCUUUCAUUUGGUAAUAGAAGCUCCAGGUUGUGACACAUUCAUAAAGCAUAGACAAGAUCAUCCAAUCAGCUACACCAGAGGCUCGUGGGACGUUGACCUGAUCCUCAUGUUAUCUCUAGCAUUCAGUGUCAUUUGUGACAUCGUGGGGAACCAGUGUGUCCUUUUAGUGAGUUAGUAUUUCUCCUCGUCUAUGCACGAUCACACAUGUACACGAGCCACACGUUAACAAGGGUCGGCCACGUGCAAUUAUGAUAAAGUGCAGGAGCAUCAAAGCUCCAACAAAUUGGUUUUACACAGUUUUGUCAGUCCCCCUCCUCUCUGAAAAAUACACUUCGAAUUGUACGUGUAGACACUCAGGAUACAUCUGCUGACGUUCAACACAACUCACCUUCCAGCAGCUGCUGCAAGUUGCUGAUAACUGAUUUCAAUUAUUUAUGCAUGGCCCCCAGAAUAUUUUGUUUUUUAUAAAAACUUGAAAUGAUCAAAUUAGAUGCUUCUCUGGAGUGACCGCAGAAAAAUAAAAGCACAACUCAAGUAGAAAUCAUAUUUUUCCCCUAACGAUUUGCCAUCUUCAGUAUUAUGGAGCGUUAUCUCCUGGUUUCUUUUUGUGUUAGCAUACAUCUUUAGUUGCAUUUACUGGAUAACUGGAACUUGCCGCAGCACUAACGAUAGACAUCAGCAUGAUGCCGUACACGCCCGAGCACUGUAACAAAGUUAUUCUACACCUCAAAAAAUAGAAUCUCUCCUCUACUUGAUAAAUCGUGCGAGUGGUGCAAUACACAAUGCACAGCGGCUCUUAUCUAGCGUUGCCUGGCAGAAGUAGCUGGAGAUAAUUCAAACGCUGAGCCUCUGUACUGGUGCCAGAUUAUCUCUGUGUACCCCUCACCCACCAAACCCCCACUUCCCCCCCAUCGACACACACACACACACACACACUGCUGCGGCAUAAAAACGUACAAAGACGUUAACAGCCUCUUGGGCUCAUUAGCCGGAGAAACCGUGUUGUUACAUAUUUCACUCGCAAUACGAUGACAAACACAUCCAGACAAUGGCUGCAUGUUAUCUCUAUCAUCAAGCUGGCGGUUUUCAUUGACUGCAUGAUAUUACACUGCGCUGCGUUUUCGUUCACGGAGAUCACGCACUAUCUUCUGAUUAGUUCUGUUCUUCAACCCGCCUCCCGUUAUUUAUUAAAGAUCAAAUUUUAUAUAUUUAUGUAUUUAUUUCAAGGGUGGAUGUGCAAUUUAAGACAAGCAGUGUUUGCCCUUAUUUUCCAGCUGCUCGCUACAACAGCAUGUGCACCUACAUUACACUGUUCAAACAGAUUAUCACAUAGAUCAGUAAAAGGUUAGCACCACCAACAGGCAGAUACACACACACACACACCAUUAUAGCACUGCUGUAGAUCCAAGAUCUGCUCGAGUGGAUAUAAUCUUCUUUUAAUCUAAAUGAAUGAUGAAUCCACCUAAAUCGUUCUUCACCCUGAAACAAUUUAAGAGAUGUAGUCUGAUAGGGAAAAUUACCAAUGUGUAAACAACUUAGUGUAUCAUUUACUUUUAAAGUCAAACUAAAUCCCCGCUCUCCUCUGUUCCUGAGUGUUGCUUUGCAGGUAAACAAACGUCAUGCGGUUUACAGAUGAACAUGUGUUUGCAUUGGAUAAAUCACAUUCAGAGAGUUUCUCUGGUAUAUCCCAAAGCAGAACAUCAAUUCAGGGCUCAACCUUAAGGGUGAUGCUGUUACGUUGCAAUUUGAAAUAUCAAGCAAUAUCUAAUGUCUAAUUAGUCUACUAGAACCAUCCUACCUGUACAUCAGCAGUGCAUUUUUAUCCAAUAUUUAAUGUCAGUUAAUGACCAUUACCCACUGAGGGCUUCUCUAAGGCACAAUACACUUUACACACACACACACACACAAGUCCUCUCUUCUUUCCUCAUCCCCACUGUCAUCUUCCAGCCUCAUGUGAUUCACAUUUUAUGCAUGUGACUGUUAAGGUUGUUUAUUUGCCACAGCAGUUCUGUCUCAGAGAAAGAUGUUAGUUGAAUCAAGAGAAAUAAACAACUGAGAUAAAAACAA